AUGGUGUGGUUCACGCUGAUCUUCUUCUUCUGCUUCCUGGCGUCUCUCUUCCGACUGGUGGGCAAGACCGACACCACUUGGCAAGUGGUCAAGUGGGGCUUGGUGGAGGAGCAGGUCUUCACCGACGCGCUGGCGCCCUUCGUCUCCUGGCUCCGCAGCCUGGCCCUGGUGGCGCGCAGCGAGUACUUCACCCAGCACCCCCAGCUGGUGCAGACCUACGUCACCAUGACUCUGCAGUUUAUUUGCUGGGUCUUGAGCCUGGUGCUCUUCAUGUUCCUGAUCUUUGUUUUGACGGAGCUCCUGAAGUUCAUCCAACGCGUUUGCGGCCUGAAGCUGCCCAUCGUCUGGCCGGAUGAGACGAUGCGCUGGUGGGGCCGCCUGCUGAUCUCCAUGGAUAACUUGACCUACUUCCUGUGGUUUUGGACUGCCUUCUUCUGGAUCGGGUUCAAUUACUACUCCAUCUUUGCGAAGCGGACCUACCACUUCUCCUCCACCGGGAUGUUCUCCUUCAUGUUGGCCGUGCAGGUGCUGAGUUGGGGUAUGGUCAUUGCGGCCUCCUUGCGGUACACGCUGUCGACCAGUAUGGAGGCCAACGAGGUCAUCAGCUUGUCCAUGGACAACAUCUGGCGCUCCACACAGCUCUUCUACAUCUCCGCGCCGCUGCUGCUCUAUUCCAUCAUCAAGGGCGUCCAGGACUACAUGCGGUACCAGAUGUACGGGGAGGACAUCAGCUUUUGGGUGGGCGGAGACCGCGGGGCGAUGUCCACCAAUUUGGUGAAGUACUGGACGUUGCUGCUGAUCAUGGGCGCCAUCGGGGCCUGGAUCUACUACUGCGUGGAGGGCCGGAAGCAUACAGGUGUCCUUUCGGCCGUCAUCAUCGUGACGCUGAUCGCCCUGGACGUGCUGCACCCCUGCACCUACCUCUGGGUGGGCCGCACCAAGAUGUCUCCCGAGAAAGCGGCGCAGCUCACGUGGAGCCAAGCCUUGGUGACCAGAGGCUGGUGGGAGGUUCAAAUCGGAAGGCUGAUCCUGAACCAGACGGUGACGGGGUUCAUGAAAUGGCUCGGCCCCGCGUGGUUCGUGAUGAUGCCGCUCUUGACGCUGGUGAUGCCCUACAUCGGGGUGAACCAAGCCUUUAUGAUGAUCGGCUCGGCCACGAACCGAUGA